AUGGACUUAGAAGUGGGCAAUGAGAGCCAGGGGGGGUGGAAUGAUACAGAGGAGGCCACUCCCAGCCUGUAUAAUUACUGGGCUUGGAGUAUCAUCGACGGCGCCCUCAUGGUGCUUAUCAUCAGUGGAAACACGCUCACUAUACUCGCCGUGACCAUGAGCAGACGACUUUCUUCCCUCGUCUCCAACCAGUUCGUGCUGAAUCUAGCCAUCUCCGACUUGAUGGUCGGGCUGACGCUGCCAUACCAUCUCGUCUUCUACCUCUCCAAUGACUUUGGAAAGAUCAAGUGGUCCUGCUUAAUGCGAUUUAUUUUGAUAAUACUCGCAUGUCUAGCUUCCAUAUACAAUAUCAUAGCUAUCGCAGUGGACAGGUACAUAGCGAUAGUGCACCCCCUGCACUACAGUCGGUACAUGACAAAACUAGUGACCAGACUACUAAUGAGCGCGACCUGGUCGAUAGCGCUGUGUAUCAGCUGCAUACCGAUAUUCUGGAACGACUGGAAGGAUGGUGUCUCCUGCGAGAUGAAUGAGGUUGUGCCGAAAACAUACACGACAAGCAUUUUGACACCAAUGUUUUCCCUGAUAUGGAUAGCGAUGUUUGUGCUGUACUGGCGAAUUUGGCGCGAAGCCACUUGCCACGCACGUCGUAUGCGAGCUAAUACAUGUUGCCCUAGCGGAGCUAACGACUGGAAGAGCAUACAGGUGGUGCUCUUAGUUUUGGGAUCCUUCUCCAUAUGCUGGAUGCCGUUCGUGGUAGUAGCAUGCGCACAGACACUACCAAUCGGUCGACUCCAAAACCCGAUUGCAUACAGAUUGACAUCUUCAUUGGCAAUGUCGAAUUCGGGCAUCAACCCACUCAUUUAUGCGUGGAAGAACGCUGGCUUCCGAGCGGCAUUUGCCAAACUACUGAGAUGCAAACGACCGGACACCUCGGAAUACAGAGGUUCACCGGCUCCAGAAAGAAAACGAGGAUCUGUAGCUCUACGAGAAGGUUCCAUCAACAGGUCCACUCCACCGGCGAGUUUGUCAAACUUUGGAGGGAGACCAACGAGACUCGUUUACGUACAACACGAACCUGACACCUCUCGAUGCAGGAUCAUUGAAAAUGUAGGAUACAUAGAUGGCGAGCAAGGGGACACAAACCCGUCCUAUGCGCCAGAUGGACCUACCCCUAUACACCGGCCCACCCGAACCCCAGAUGUAGUGUAG